AUGGCAUCAGACUUCCCACUAACAGAGGCAGAGAUAAAAAACAUUAAACUGACAUACGAUCUCUCCUCAAAAUCUGACAGACUAGAAGUGAAAAAAGUUGGAACAGUUUUGAGGUUAAUUGGAGGUGCACCUACUGAAAACGAACUAAAUGAGGUCGUUUCAACUUUUGGAGAGGAAGGGACACUUAGUUUUAUAGAAUUUCUUGGUAUAGUGGAGAAACAUAGAAGUAGUCAUGGCUUCAUGGGCGACGAGCUCAGGGAAGCAUUUGGUGUGUUUGACUCAAAUGGUGACGGUGAGAUUGACGCCGGAGAGCUGAUUUCAAUUCUGACACAGGUAGGUGAUCCAUUAACAGAGACUGAGGCGGAGGAGCUGGUCAGAGAAAGUGAUCUUAAUGGAGAUGGCAAGAUCAACUACUUUGAAUUCGUUGCUAUGACGAUGAAACCUUGA